AUGUGCAUCUUACUUGAUAGACCCUGCAACAUGCCCAAAACUCCGUCAUACCACCGUGGGGGUUCAAAUCAAGCACAGUCAAACUAUAUCAUGACUUCAACGGAAGGGCAAGUCCACAUAUCGAGAUCUAGCAAGGCACAGCCUCUUUACACCGAGAAAACGGCCGCGAUCGAAGUCCACGACCCUUGCCAUCGUCAGAUCAGAUCAUGGAUACUCGGCCAGAUAUCCGGGGGGAUACGGGCGUCUAUCGUACACGCCCUGUGGCUUUUGUUUUCUUCUUCUAGAAUAACGCCAACGCAGAGCCUCAUCUUAAAAACUUGUCAGAAUCUCAUCUGCCUGUCCCUGUAUCUCGGCUCUGAGUGGUUCUUUGAUCUUAUCUUGGGUCAUGGGUAUGGUAUAGGGCCGAGCCGCUGCGGAAGAGCCUCAGGAGGCUCUUUUUUCGGUGCUAUAAACGGAAAACUUUUGGUUAGCAGGUGA